AUGGGACAUAACAUUAAGAUAUCUACGGAGUUUAUAAAUGGCAAGCUGAUAUUCAAAUGGACCAAUGUUUCGACAAUUCGUAAUGAUAUAAUCAUCACUAAGGAUUCUCAAUCCAGUGAAUGGAUACUGGUUUAUGAUGACCAGUACACAGUAGAGGAUGUGAUGCAGUACAAGUCUGUCAGUAUCAAGGUACGGGAGUAUAACACCUCGAUAUUUACAGAAGGCUACGUGGAUUACGAUAAGAUAUACAAUGUAAAUACAGUAGAAUCUAAGGAGGGAGAAUCAAAAAACAUUUCAUGGGCUAUUCAAAAUUUUCCCAGAAGUGGUCAUUACUUCAUAUUUCAUGCAUAUAUCGGUCAGCCAAUGAAAAUAAUUGAUGCAGCUCAACCAGUUUCAUCGAACUUGGAAAAAUAUUUAUACCAUAGGGAACCCUAUGAUUCUGGAAACAUUUUAUUUGUGGUUAGAAACAUAACAGUGAAAGAUGCUGGAUAUUACGGAGGAAGUGAUGCACAAACAGAUGCUUUUUCAGGAGAAAGAGGGGUUAUACUCAUUGUUUCUGGUAAGCCACUUAAGCCUAUCAUAAGAGCAAACCUUCAAAUCACAGCGAAAAACGAUACCAUUUUGAAAUGUGAAAGUAGAUCUACGUCUGCCCCUCAUUAUUACGAGAAGUUUCCGCCAUUAUCGUAUUCAUGGUUUGUAAACAACACCAAGCUAGACAAAGAGGUUGGAGAGACCUACAGAUUUAAUGUGUCUGUGGACGCUAAAUACAACAGAUACAGCUGUCAGGCAAAAGAAUCUCUAGAAUCAGACAAAAGUCAAGAAAUUCAGAUUAACCCCUUUUGUAAGUAA